CGCAUGCACAAAGGAGUUGCCCUGGUGCUGGAUUGGAAAUAGGUUUAAAAAAAAAUCCCAGCGGUGAUAUAAAAAAACAGCAAGAGAGGGAGACAGAAAUGAGGGAAGAAGCUGCUGCAACCCUUGCCUAGAAAAAAAAGGGCUACACGAAAGAAGGAACGUGAAAGAAUUCAGCUGUUCCAUCUGUAUUGUCACUUUGACCUAAGGAUGUGUUGUCUCUCAAAAGAUGUACAAAAGAAGACAAAAACGGAAGAUUUGUCGAGACCUUUGGUGGUGCUAAACUUGUAGUAGCCCAUCGUUUUAAUCGUGAUGAUAUUCUAAAAUUCCAAGUUUUGGCAUUGGUUUGCAUGGCAAAGUAACCGUGGAGAAGCCAGGCUACCACAAACUUAUGGAUUUUGAUAAGAGAGGGGGGAGGGGUGACACGGAAGAAACGAGAAGAAUGUCAAAAUCUGGCGGGCGCGGAACCAAUUGUGGCCGGAGUACAGGGACCAGUUCUGGAGUCUUAAUGGUUGGUCCCAACUUCCGCGUGGGGAAAAAGAUUGGAUGUGGGAAUUUUGGAGAGCUUCGUCUAGGGAAGAAUUUAUACACAAAUGAAUAUGUGGCCAUCAAACUGGAACCUAUAAAAUCCAGGGCGCCGCAACUUCAUUUGGAGUACAGAUUCUACAAACAGCUGGGAAAUGCAGAGGGAAUUCCUCAGGUUUACUACUUUGGCCCUUGUGGAAAGUACAAUGCCAUGGUACUAGAAUUGCUGGGACCUAGUUUGGAGGAUUUAUUUGAUCUUUGUGAUCGAACGUUUUCCAUUAAAACUGUAUUAAUGAUAGCCAUACAGUUGAUUACACGAAUGGAAUUUGUACACAGCAAAAGUUUGAUAUACAGGGAUGUUAAACCAGAGAAUUUCUUAGUAGGCCGACCAGGGAGCAAACGGCAACAUACCAUUCACAUCAUAGACUUUGGCCUUGCCAAAGAAUACAUAGAUCCAGAGACCAAAAAGCACAUCCCAUACCGAGAGCACAAGAGCUUAACUGGGACAGCACGCUAUAUGAGCAUAAAUACGCACCUUGGCAAAGAACAAAGUCGAAGGGAUGACCUUGAAGCAUUAGGACACAUGUUUAUGUACUUCCUGCGUGGUAGUUUACCUUGGCAAGGUCUGAAGGCUGAUACUUUAAAAGAGAGGUAUCAGAAAAUAGGUGACACCAAACGAGCAACGCCAAUUGAAGUCUUAUGUGACAAUUUCCCAGAAGAAAUGGCAACAUACCUCCGCUAUGUACGAAGACUUGAUUUUUUUGAAAAACCAGACUAUGAAUAUCUGCGAAAACUCUUCACUGAUUUGUUUGAUAAAAAUGGUUUUGUGUUUGAUUAUGAAUAUGACUGGGUUGGAAAACCACUACCAACUCCUAUUGGUUCAAUCCAUGCUGACAUACCACUCUCGCCACCCAACCGAGAUAAGGCACCACAACAAACCAAACAGUUGGCAGAUCGCAAUGGAGCUUGGGAACCUCAUUCCGGCUGUCAGCCCAGUACACAUCAUUUGGGAACACAUCUGACAUCAGACAGGCUCGGAGGUUCCAUACAGGUGGUGAGCUCAACAAAUGGUGAGCUUAACACAGAUGACCCCACAGCAGGACACUCCAAUGCACCCAUUACAGCCCCAGCAGAAAUUGAAGUGGCAGAUGAUACCAAGUGCUGUUGUUUCUUCAAGAGGCGGAAGAGGAAAACCAUUCAGCGGCAUAAGUGACUCUGGAAACUGCUGUGAGAUUUACGUGUGUGUUCUGCGACUUUCCAGUCAUACUAAAUUCAGAAAUCCAUCUCUUUUGUGGCAGACAUAUGCUGUUGUCUAAGAUCAUGACUUUUCUGCCCAGAAUUUUGGGCUUCUGACAUUGGUACUCUUUUCUGCUGUGAAGUUCUUACUGGUGGACUUGGCAAAUGCACCAUGCAAAAUUUUUACUUCCUUUUCUGUGGGAGUCCACGAAAGCAUCGUCUCCGAAAUGUGCAUUAAAUAGGAUUAGUUCUCUCAGUGGGAUCAAGGCAGUGUUGAGUUCAAGUUUUUAAAAAGUUCCAGAAUCGAAAUAGCAGGAAUUACUUCAAGGUUUUUGUAUGAUGUUGAUUUAAUUUGAAACUCAACUCUCGACAUGCUUCAUUCAUCUCCAGUGUUAUGUAAUCGCAAGUCAUGCGAUAACCUUUUUCUUUUUUUUCCCCCCUUUUGUUUUGAUCAACCUGAAUGCGUGGUGUAGUCACUGUCAUUGGGUACUGUUGGGAUAAGGAAAUACCUUGUAGGCUCCUUAUCUUUAAUUGCACUUUCGAUAACAGUAUGUAAGAGCUUUUGGAUCUGAUUGUGCAAAAACUGUUUCUAAAUGUACCUUUUUAAGGGAAUACAAAAACAGUAGGAAACGUAGCAUGUUUUUAAAUGUAAUAAUGUUUGCAAAAUGUAAGUGAAACAGUUACAUUAUUAAACUGGGUAGAAUUAAUGUGAUAGUUCACAGAAAACGAAAUCUUGUUCAAAUUCAGAUCUAGUUUGAGCUUUUAAGAUCCAGAUGUCAUUAGGGCUGUAUGUGAAUUGGGGAUGGUCAUCAUCAAAAUUUAGCAGCUGAAUCAUGUGAUAAAAGGGCACUUCAGACACAGUAUGUCGAUGUGCCUUUUAGUGGAGGCACUAUUAUGUUGGGUCUUGGCAGAACAACCCAGUUAAUAGGGUAAAGGUUUGGUAUAGUUGAAGGUUUCUGCCAUAGUCAUGCCAUUUUAUAAAAGAUCAACGCACAGGUUUUGUCAGCAAUACCCAAUUGAAGAACCAGGUAAGCAGAAAGAGGAUUUAAUAUUUCAAAACAUUUGGCAUUGACAAGCUUACAGAAAAGUACUUUGGAAGACAAAAUUCUUGACCUAGAUCAACUUGUUGAGUAAGAAAAUGAGAAAAGAACUUUGAAAAGUUUUCAGUGUAGACAGGAGCAGUGAAGAAGGACAAAUUAGCAAUGAUUUUUAAAAACCUAUCAGAGCAAGGAACAUUCUUGAGGUUUCAAUUACUUUGGAAAAUUAGUCACCUAAGCUGUGAGUAAGUACCUCAAUUUCUGGAUUGGAAGCCACAGCUAGUCUUAAGUGGGACAAAUUAAUUUGUAGCAAGUGUUCAUUUCAGAAGUUUACUGAUUACCAGUUUUACCCAUAGCUUUCAAUGUGCUCUAUGAUGACCGUAUAGCCAUAUUUUUGGUGUGUCGAACUACAAAGAUUUUAUGCACAAUUUUAUUUCAAAAAUCCAUUGUUUUUACUUUGAAAGACAUUUCAUUUAAAAAUUACACCAUUUUAGAACCCGCUGUAUUUCCCUUUUUUGUUUUAAAGCUGCAGGUUUUUCUCAGGAAAUUUGGGUACUUAAAAUGGACCCCUGACAAGACUGGGCUAUUGACUGAUUAUCCAUCUCAAUAGAUUCUUGUUAACUCUAGGUACAGGAGAAGCUUGUAUUACAAACUUCAACCUAGAGUGAAUCAUUGGUGUCCUGCACGUAGCUAAGCUUUUAGAUUAAGUCCCUUACUAUGAGUCAUCUUUACAGAAGCAGUUUCCAUUGGUGCAGUACUUAACAAGAGGUCCAUUUCUGGUGCAGAGAAACACUCAUCCACAACCACGUGCAACGUUUUCUUUGUGUAACAUUGAAUUUUUAGUUGGUUAAUUUUUUUUUUGAAUGCUUAAGUGUUGUUGUGGAUAGUGUCCAUUUGCCAGUGAGAUGUAAGAGGGAGGCCAACACAGAAACAAAAGGUUAGCUGUUACUGGUCGCCGUGGUGAAAUUUAUUUGUUCUUGGAUCGGGCUAAAAUAUUAAUGAAGAAAUACAAUUCUAAAUGGUUUUUCUAAGGAGAUAAACUGAAGUUUUUUUUUGCCUUUUGUUUUCUUUCCAAAAUCUCAUUGAGUAUUUGAAGACUUAGUUUGGCCAGUAUGGUUAAAGCACUUCUGAAAUCUAAUUUCAGGUGUGCCUGGUCCUUUCCAUAUGUUAAAAUAGAUGAUGAUUUUAGGUGAGAAUUACACUUUGUAGGUUUUUUUAAAAAAAUAAUGUUAAGCAUUGUGUUCACAAAUAUCUUGUGGGCUGUUAUUAUUUUCCGAAUAUUGAGAAUUCAACAUGUCAGAUAUGAGACUGCCCAAAGGUGUUUUUAGUUGAGGCUAGUAUUGCACACUUGUACUUUUAUUAAAUUCCACCCCCAAAAUAAACUAAUUAACAGUUAGAUACUAUAGACCUGUCCUGAGAGAAGGCAGAAUUGAUUUUGGAGUUGCCUAAAACAUGCACUUUCAUACUGGUGAUCUCAAAUCUGCACAAUCAAUGUUUAAUUUCCCUUGGACAGUAAAAUUAUGGAGUCAAGUGAUGAGCAAAGUGUAUCUUUAAAAAUAUAAACCUAAAGUUUGGUGGGCUGUUGACGGUCAUACCUUAUUUUAAUACUUAUUGUUGUAUAUAGACUUUCAAAAAUUUAUGUGGGUAGUUUAAGCUGCCAGAAAUGAGCAAAAGUUUGACUGUGAAUCAUCUCCAUUUCCACUUAAAUGGAUAGAAAGAGGAGUCUCAAAAAUGUCAAGGUAGUGCAAUGAUACCCACGCAUGCUGAGCAAUGUUUUGCAAAAUUCAUUUGCUGCCUUUUCUGCCAGGAUGGGUCUUUUAUUGUCUGGAAUGCGAUAAUCAUGAUUGAUAUUAUUGUGAACAUUAAAAGGCGUAUUAAUGUUUCAGAUUUUGUUACCUUUUUGUGGUGAACCAUAAUGCUCAGAAUAGCACAAAAACUGAAGAUUGAACUGUGCACUCUGUAUUUUGCCCAUAAUUUAACACUUGACACAAAAUGGUCUCUAUCCACAACAAGCACGUGAGCAAUUUCGGUAUGCUGUCAUUAAUUUUGGUGACUGUAAUAAGUGAAAAGAACCAAAUAAAGGGAAUACAAGCAAUUUA